UGGGGUUCAGGGUUGUAUCAUAACGUCGAGAUUCUAAAAACCCGGAGGAUGAAAUGUGACGCGAUUACAAUGUUAUAACAAUCAGAAAAAGUUUGAGACGAUUACAAUACUUUCUCGUGUUAUAACAGCCGGGAAGUAACAGGAUCAAGGACGUUCAGAAUUGUGUGAUCGUCUGAGGUCGCUGUGGAAACAUGACGUAUCCUCGAUCUAACCACGUUUCCAAUAUUUGAAUUCACUUUAACUCGAUAAAAGUUUUCAAACUCAUUUGUUUAUUUAGUUAAUUAAUCUAUAUAUAUAGCUUUUUAUCAUAUUACGCAUUCAACUGGACUUUAAACGAGUAUAAUUAUUUUGUUAUCAGCAAAGGUUAAAUCGCAUUACUUGCUUUCUCCUUUCGGAACUAAUUACACUAAUGUCAAAUUAAUUGAGCUGUAGGAAAAAAUGUAACUUUAACAUUCAAACAACAUAUUAACAAACGUCGAAGUGAGAAAAUGACCAUCAUUAACCACGUGCGGGAAUUACGUAUUGAACUUUUUUUAUUUUUAAUUAUGUUUGUUAUCUCAUUGAAAAAUGUAUCUCAACAGAGCUUAAUAUUAGAACGAGUGUGCAGAUUCCAUUUUGGUUAUUCGGAAAAAAUAUGCAAUAAUCUUACAGAAUACGAUUCCAUUCAAGCAUCUGUACAGAAAAUUUCUACUCGUUACAAUCUAGGAAGUUCGUUAGUGACGACUCUACCAGCUAUUAUUAGCACUACACUAUUGAGUCCCUGGAGUGAUAAGUAUGGAAGAAAGUUCCCUAUAUUAAGUGCUACGUUUGGUUUAAUUUUGGAAGGUAUAGGAUUAACAAUAGUAAGCAUCAUUCGAUCGGCGCCUGCUUACUUUAUAAUUGUAGCGGGUAUUCCGUCGGGAAUUUUUGGAGGAUACUUAAUGGCAAUUUCGUCUUGUUAUACUUACGUUGCAGACAUUACAAGUGAAGAAACUCGAACGAUAAAAUUUACAAUUUUGCAAUGUUUCUUCGUUCUGGCAGAUCCCAUUGGAAUGGAAUUAGGAGGAAUAAUUUAUAAGUACGAAGGCGUUACGGCCGUUUAUGGAAUAGCUUUAUCUGCAUUAGUAAUGGGAUUUUUCUGGGUACUUUUCUUCGUUGGUGAAACAAGAAGUAAAGAGAGUAAAACGAACUUUAAAGUAAAGCUUCGUUACUUGUUUCGAUUGGAUAAUUUAAAAGAAAAUGUUCGAACUUGCAUUGCUUCUCGUCCUGGAAAUGUCAGAAUGCAAAUAUGGUUGCUUAUGCUUGCUAACAGUGUUGCUCUGUUCUGCACAACAGGUUCUACAGCUAUAGAAUUUUUCUUUGCAAACAGAAUGUAUAAAUGGGAUAACACAACAUUUUCUACAAUAACUUCAGCUCUUAAAGUAGCUCACGGAAUAUGUCUUCUUGUAGCUGUACCAGUUUGUUCUCGACUGUUUAAAAUGUCCGAAGAUAUAAUUGGCCUCUUGGGAAUUAUUUCUUACGCUGCAGAAUUUGGUAUUAAGUGUGUAGCUUAUCGUCAAUGGACGUAUUAUGUAGGUUGUGUUGUUGGAUUAAUUGGUGGAACUAGCACCGUUGCUGUCAAUUCUCAUCUUUCUAAACUGGCAAAUGAAAAUGAAUUAAGUAAGAUAUUUGCUGUGUUAGCAUUUUGUGGAGCGUUGAUGCCAGUAUUUUCAAAUAUUGUUUUUAACGUAGUUUAUGCACAAACUUUGCACAUUUUUCUCGGGACAUCCUAUCUAAUGAUGACAGUUCUUUUAAUGAUUCCCGCGAUAAUUUUUAUAUGGAUAAGCAGACAGACCUCUUAUUCUCCUAUUGAUAAUGAUACGGAUUGAACAGUAUGAUCUACAGAGAACUUUUAGUGACAAACUUAACUGACAAAAUAUAAUUAUUCAUUUAAUUUUUAAUUAAAAUGUUUUAAAUUAUGUAUAUAUUUCGGUAUUAUUCACGCAUCUUUCUCUUUGAAUAUGAAUUUUUAUCUUUUUUAUAUUAAAUUACAAACUUUAAUAUGUAAUUUGCUACUC